AGUUCUGGCAUGUUGCUUGUUCCCUUUUCGUCUGUCCGAGCUUCUUCCUCACACAAUUUUCCAACUGUACUUUAUGGUCUCCUGAUGACUUGCCUUGCAUGCAUCGGACGUUCUCCCUUCUCCUUGUUAUCCUCUUCCCCCCCGGUAUCCAGUCUUACGGGCCUUCCAUCUACUGCGCCCAUCUCAUCUCACGUAUUUAUCCCGUCGUCAACGUCGUCCUUGCAGUCUUUGCUGCUGCACAUGCUGUCUCGGCUCCUCCGUACGAACGACCCGAAUGUCACUGUAUAACGCUCCUAGCCCUCGUCUCUACCUAUACCUACGACUCGGUACUAGUGAACCCUCCCCUCCUGUGUAGCUCUUCUCUGGGAUGCAAAACGACCUGUUCCUCUUGCAUGGUCUGUCUUUGCUUCUCCAUGUGUAUGUGUUGUUGGCAAUCUAUAGUCUAUGAAUGUAUACGCAGUCCUUACAAGCCCACCGAACGUGCAUCUAUCAAGC